AUGUUUGCCUCUCGGCUUCUACAAGACUUGAAGAAACUGCUUUACUUGAAAUUGGAGCUCACAUGGAACCUUUUCGUUGGAAAGCUAACACUUUACAAAGACGUCUUCCCUCCGGCAUUAGCGCCGUUGCUCUCCUUCAUUGGAAUACCAUGGAAAAGGUUGUACCGUUCCCAUUGUUUGAGCUGCAAGGCAAGUGGAUCGGGUCGGAUUAAGCUUCCUUCUAAGGAAGAUAUGAUGGAAGAUAUCAAAUCUUUCUAUGCAACACUUGAAGCUCAAGGGGUCUCAAAACGAUAUACUCAUCAAAUGGGAAUUACUCAAUUUGAGUACAAUGAUUGGUUGGCUUCACAAUGCGGAUGCUCAGGAACAGAGGAGUGGAGGAAAGAGAUGUAUUUGGCGACUGGUGUGAGGAAGAGAGCGCAUCCAGAGACGUAUAGAGACGAAUGGGAAGAUCAUCACUUGGUUUCUCAAGUUUACCAAGAUUUCUCUUUGUAUGUAUCAAAAGAUGAGAUUUUAUAA